AUGGACCCAAGCACCUUCGACCAUCCUCACCAACUCAGCUAUACGAUCCACUCCUCUUCGACCUGCUCACCAGUCUACCAUCCAUUCAACAUACUCGAGGAUGCGCCAACCGACCCCAACUCACGCUGGUCAGGCUCAGGUCCAGCAACCAAAUCUGCAUCAGCCGAAGCAACAAGCCUCAUCAAACUACCCUCCAAGCGCAAGGACUAUAUCAUCAUCGACCUCGGCAAACCAUCAAUCGUACGCUCGAUCACCUUUGGAAAGUUUCAUCGUCCUCACCCAUGUAACCUCAAACUGUUCAGGAUCUGGGGCAGUCUCGCUCCAGGCGAGGGGAAGGGUGACUUCAGGGCACUACUAGGCAACCAAACUAUCGAUCAGCAUCUCAAUCCAGCAUCCUGCACCAACCCACUCAACUCUCACCACCACCACCACCUUCAUCAUCAUCAGCAUCAUCAAGCUAAUCAUCAUCAAUCGAUCUUCAAAAACCAGCCACUAGCCCCACUCCCCUCCUCCUCCUCCUCCUCCUCAACAACAACAACAAAUCAAACAGCAGCAGCAGCAACAACAACAACAAAUAACAACCUCGAGCAAUCUCACUCCAUCAAUCCAAUCCAAAUCGACCCUCAUGACCUCAUCAAACCAAUCAACCAAUCACCACCACAUCCAAUCCGAGCUCGUGGUCCAACACAUCGAACUGGACCUAGGAUGGAACUACUCGCCCAAGGUGAACUCAAGAAUGAUACCAACCCAGAAACAGUACCACUCCGGUGGAAGAACGAUCGGGUAACCUGGUUCAAGAGCUCUGAAGUCCAUCGAGCCUCAUCAGAUUCCACUCAGACGGUCAUCGUCCCCGUCCGUUAUAUCAAGAUCGAACCCCUAUCAGCCACUGGGAGUAAUUAUAAUUGUUCGAUUUGGCAUAUCUCAGUCACAGGUCACGAUGAGGAUCACAUCAUGUCGCCUUGCCUUGAGAUCUACGAAAAGUGGCGAGCUUCUGCCGCGCUAAGACUUUGUCUCAAGCAUUUACGUCAAACUGGACAUCUCGAAGCUUUCCAAGCCUUAAUCAACUCGGCGACAAACCCUGAUCAAUCACCCCUUCUCUCCUCCGAUCAUCUUCCCUUCAAGAUUCCCCCAAUCAGUGAUGCUGAACAAAUCGUCAUUAACGCCGCUCUGGAUAACCUUUUUGACCCUUGGGCACUGGCUGAAGCUCCUACUGUCACUUGUCAUCAGAUUUUACCACGAUCGACCCCAGCCUCUGGACUUCCCUGUCCAAGGGGUGGCCACCAGAUGUGCAUAGAUAGUAAACGACGUAAGAUCUGGUUAUUUGGUGGGUUUGAUGGAGUGACAGAUCUCGGCGAUCUCUGGACGAUCGAUCCUCCAAGACCGACAGUUCAUUCGCACGGCAAUACUCAAUGGCAACUAAUAUCGCGUGAUGUAAAACUAGACAAUGGACCGAUGAACCGAAGCUGCCAUAAGAUGGUUCUAGACGAAAUGACAGGAGAUCUUUACGUGCUCGGUCGCUACACUGAACGCGGUCGACCACCGACUCACCAGCCAUCCGACUUCCCCCAGAACCCUUCAAGCCAUGAACUGUGGGAUAACAAUGGGCGGAUCGGACAAUGGGAAUGCCUUAGUCAAGAUACCCAUCUCGAGAAUGGGCCACAGUUGAUUUUUGAUCAUCAAAUGGUUCUAGAUUCAGAUCGAAGAAAGAUAUACGUUUUUGGCGGUAAAAUCAUACAGCCUGCCGACUCUCUAUCUCAAGAAACUGCCAGCUCGUCCUCGCGAGUGACUCUUAAUCAAUACAGCGGUUUGUUCGAGUAUGAUCUGACAACACGAACUUGGGUCCAACUGAUGUUAAUUGACCUUCUUGAUCAUCAAGUCCACAUCCCAUCGAGGAUGGGGCACUCAUUGAUCCUCGAUAAAAAGCGACAAUGUCUGUGGGUUCUAACAGGUGAACGGGAUCAUCACUAUUACUCAGAUCUUUGGAAGUAUGACAUUACCCAUCGCCGCGCCGAGCUCAUAGUUGCGGACUAUACCUACGGUGGUAAAAAUCAACAAACCUCGGAUGUAUUUGCCAAUUCUUCUGGUUCGGCACCUGAGGCUGGUUUCUCUCAAAGAACUACGUUCGAUCCUGAGGCAGAUGAGUGGCACAUGUUUUGUGGUCUAUGCCGAGAUCGAGGCUCUGGCGAAGCCGCGACAAAGCCGAAUUCAAAGAGCGAAAUGAUGUCUAGUGAAUUCUGGAGGUGGAGGAUCGACGAAGGUAGAUGGACAAAAGUGACGAUGAAGGCCCAAGUAGACGGGACCGAAACCCCACCCCCUAGAUUCGCUCAUCAGAUGGUUUUCGAUGAUUUAACCAAAACACACUAUGUCUUCGGCGGGAACCCGGCCGAUAAUGAUAAUGAACCGACUAGACUCGGUGACUUUUGGAAGUUGCAACUGAUUCAACCUACGCGACGGGAGGCAUUGAGACGAUGUUUGUUUGCAUUAAGGAGGCAACACUUUAUUGAAAUGUGUGAAAAGGAAACAGAUACAGUAAGCGCACUGCUGUAUCUUCAAAACGAUCUAUCAUCCGUCACGAAUCAUCUGGACGAAAGGGAAGCCAAGUUGUUUCGGGCUUGUACGAGUCAUUUGCUUGCAGGACCAGGGCCUCGAGUGCCACUACUAGAAGAAGACGCAGCUCAAGAGGAUGAUUUAGAGGGACGGUAUGGAGAAGAAGAUGGAGAAGAUUGUGGGAUGACAGCCAGACAAAAGUCCAGUGAAGAUCAAGACCAUGCAGACGUUGGACCCGGUGCUCAGAACGGCAACGGUCUUGGCACCGAGAUCAUCGAUCGCUAUCGUAAGAUAAGAGACCAACGAACCCAGCUAUUCCAGUCCCUUUUGAAAUUCUUCCCGCCCUCGAUGACCGAACCGGAGGAAAGCUUGAUGGAUUUGAUCGAUGUUUGGGGCGAUCGAGAAUCGUUUUGGUAA